AUGGCUGCUCGAUCAUUGUGUUUGGUGCUGGCAUCUAUCUUGCUGCCCUCGGCUCUAUCAUCGCCGUCGGAGCCAGGCCUGAGUGCAAGAGCCUCGGACGAUGCCUACUCCCCCCCAUACUACCCGGCACCCAAGGGCGGAUGGCUAGAUAACUGGGCGGAAGCCUAUGAGAAGGCACACAAACUCGUGAGCAACAUGACUUUGGCUGAAAAGGUGAACCUGACAACCGGCACGGGCAUCUUCAUGGGCCCUUGUGCGGGCCAAACAGGAAGCGCUCUGCGAUUGGGGAUCCCCAACCUGUGUCUUCAUGACUCUCCGCUGGGGGUACGCAACUCCGACCAUAACACAGCUUUUCCCCCUGGAAUUACCGUAGGGGCCACCUUUGACAAGGAUCUGAUGUACGAGCGAGGAGUGGGACUCGGUGAAGAAGCACGGGGCAAAGGCAUCAACGUCCUCCUAGGUCCGUCAGUUGGCGCUAUAGGGAGAAAACCGCGGGGAGGUCGCAAUUGGGAGGGAUUCGGCGCAGAUCCCAGUCUCCAGGCUGUCGGUGGUGCUCUGACAAUCAAGGGCAUGCAGAGCACGGGUGCUAUUGCCUCGCUCAAACAUUUUAUCGGCAACGAGCAGGAGAUGCAUCGUAUGAGCUCUAUAGUGACUCAAGGAUAUUCUUCGAAUAUCGAUGAUCGUACACUCCAUGAGCUCUAUCUGUGGCCAUUUGCUGAAGGUGUCAGAGCCGGAGCUGGCUCAGUAAUGAUCGCAUAUAAUGAUGUGAACCGCUCGGCUUGUAGUCAGAAUAGCAAACUUAUCAAUGGAAUUCUCAAGGAUGAGUUAGGGUUUCAGGGAUUCGUUGUGACCGACUGGUUGGCUCACAUCGGCGGCGUUUCGUCGGCAUUGGCUGGACUGGACAUGGAUAUGCCUGGAGAUGGCCCUGUACCACUCCUUGGAAACACCUAUUGGGGCUGGGAGCUUUCUCGUUCCAUACUCAAUGGAUCAGUUCCGGUCGAUCGUUUGAACGAUAUGGUGACGCGAAUCGUCGCAACAUGGUACAAGAUGGGCCAGGAUAAAGACUAUCCUCUUCCCAAUUUCUCCGGAAACACGUUGGAUGAAAAAGGGCCCCUCUAUCCAGGAGCUCUGUUCUCGCCCUCCGGCAUCGUCAACCAAUAUGUCAAUGUUCAAGGCAAUCAUAAUAUCACGGCCAGAGCAGUGGCCAGAGACGCAAUCACCCUACUCAAGAACGAGGACAACCUCUUGCCCCUAAGACGGAAUGACUCAUUGAAAAUCUUUGGUACUGACGCUGGCGCAAAUCCGGAUGGCCUUAAUACCUGCACUGAUCAAGGCUGCAAUAAAGGUGUGCUGACUAUGGGCUGGGGAAGUGGAACCUCUAGACUGCCAUACCUUGUCACCCCCCAACAAGCAAUUGCCAAUCUCUCGUCCAAUGCGGAAUUUUUCAUCACAGACAAGUUCCCAUCCAAGAUCUCCCCGACUUCGCAGGACGUUGCCAUUGUUUUCAUCAAUGCCGACUCGGGAGAGAACUAUAUCACCGUCGAGAGCAACCCUGGGGAUCGCACCACGGCGGGUUUGUAUGCGUGGCAUAAUGGUGAUGAUCUUGUCAAAGCUGCUGCGGAGAAAUUCUCGAAGGUCGUUGUAGUUGUUCACACGGUUGGUCCCAUCAUAAUGGAGAAGUGGAUUGACCUGGACCCGGUCAAGGCAGUCCUCGUCGCACACCUGCCCGGCCAGGAGGCCGGCUGGUCCCUGACAGACAUUCUGUUUGGCGACUACAGCCCCAGCGGACAUAUGCCAUAUACGAUCCCUCGCAGCGAGUCGGACUAUCCAGCCAGCGUAGGUCUGCUUCAGCAACCAUUCGGCCAAAUCCAAGACGACUAUACCGAACGCCUGUACAUCGAUUAUCGUCACUUCCUCAAGAACAACGUCACCCCUCGGUACCCAUUCGGCCACGGACUCUCUUACACUACAUUCAAGUUCUCCGAGCCUAGCCUUUCAGAAGAAACUCCCAUAGGCAGUGCCUAUCCACCAGCUCGGUCUCCCAAAGGCACCACACCUUCAUACCCAACCACCAAGCCCAGCGCAUCCGAGGCGGCUUGGCCCAAGAACUUCGACCGUAUUUGGCGCUACCUCUAUCCAUACCUCGACAACCCCGAAGGUGCAGCCGCCAACUCUACCAAGACGUACCCCUAUCCUGACGGGUACACGACGGAGCCGAAACCCGCACCGCGUGCCGGCGGCGCCGAGGGCGGAAAUCCCGCUUUGUGGGACAUCGCUUUUUCAGUCAAGGUCAAGGUCACCAACACGGGCUCGCGAAAAGGACGUGCCGUUGCACAGUUAUACGUGGAGAUGCCAUCCAGCCUGGGGGUUGAUACCCCGUCGCGGCAGUUGCGACAGUUCGAGAAAACGAAGACCCUGGCGCCUGGCGAGAGCGAGGACCUGACUCUGGAGGUCACCCGCAAGGAUAUUAGUAUUUGGGACGUAGAGGUGCAGGAUUGGAAGGCACCUGUGAAGGGUGAAGGUGUCAAGUUCUGGAUCGGGCAGAGCGUCGCUGAUGCCCAUGUGCGCUGCGAUGUGGGUGGCGAUUGUUCGACUCUGUAG